AUGGCACUACGGUUCCUACCUGGUGAUCCAAAUAAGGGCUAUAGCACAAUCGACACGCGCGAGUGGGAUGGCAUCCGAUUGCUAGCGUAUUGCUCGGGCAAUAACUUGAUCAUAAUCGAGAACGAGACCCACCUUAUACAGACCAUUUACCUACCGUCGGACGGGCGAGCAGUAGCGAUCGAUGCGUCAAGUGGUCAUAUUGCCGUUGCAUACGACUCUGUUGUUCAUAUUUAUCAACCAAUAAAGUCAUUCAAUGAUCCUGUACGCUGGGAACUGUACUUUGAGAUCCUGGAGAAUGAUUUCGUCGACGCCAUUUCCUGGGGAGCUGGUGAUCUCCUCGUCGGCAGUGACCGGCUUUCGCUUUGGCGUAAUGCUACCAAAACAUUGCUUUUGCAAGAAAGAAUGCCUCAAAGAAUAAGGUUCUGUACGUUUAGCCCGGAUGCUCGCCUUAUUUGCACGUUUGGUUUGGAAGAUUCGCUGCCAAAGAUUUGGGAGAGGAACUCCUUCGAUUCGGAGAAUAUAACCCUCGACUUUGACUAUAUAAUGCAUCCUGCUGAUGUGGUUUCGGCCACAUGGCGGGACUCUGAGUCGCCGGAGCUCAAUGUUCUCUAUACGUUUGCAAAAGAUGGUGUUUUGCGCAUUUGGGCGCCCACCCAGGCUGGUCCAUUUGGACUGUGGUCAUCUAUCUACUGCGGAGAGGUCUCUCCAGCGGUCGUAAACAACACAAGACUUCCUCCAGAUCUACUGGGAGCUGGCCACGAUGCAUUGACUGAUCUAGUGCUCGUUUGGAAUGCCAAUUCGUUGGCAGCUUAUACCAUUGACAAUGUCGGUGGACUCAGAAGAGACAGGCUGGCCAAAGUAACCACAGUUGUGGAGAAUGCCCAACUGAAUAUUGCACGACUCGAGAACUUUGGAUUCGAUGCUGGUGAGGCUCAACUGAUGGUGGUGGGUGUCGAUACUGAAACUAGGGUUCUAGUCCAUGAGUUCAGCGGGGGCCUAUAUUUAAUGGCCAUUGACAACAAACAACUAUCGAGUGCUGUACCUGGUCGAUCAAUUUCUGCGAGCAUUUUAUCAAGUUUCACUGGCCAUCAAAAAUCAAUUCAGAAGAUAAGCAGAAGUUCUCGCGGAGACCGGUUGUUUUCCCAAAGUCGUUUCUCUGAAAAUUGGGUUUGGGAGGCUUUCCCGCUUCGUGACGGUACGACUCUUAUCACGAAAUCAAAGGUCGAUACUUCCCAGGGUCAGAUUUUAUGGUCGGUUGUUCGGGAAAAAACGCUGUUGGCAUUGACAGCCAGGGAACUCACCAUGUGGGAUAUACGGUCCCCCACGGCAAAGCCAGUCGCGUCAAUAGAUGUCCAAGAUGCCGAGAAAUGCUUGAACCUGUUUCUUUUACCUUCAAAUGGUGCAGAAGAUCGGUACAUUGGUGUCUUUGCAAAGUAUAUCCAAAGCUGGCUAUACAAAGACGGUGCUUUCGAAGAUUGUGGACAAUCUGCUCUAGAGGACCUCCAAGGAGAAAUUCGCAAUGCAGCAAGCAUCGACCCCGUACAGGUUUUUGAAACAGAUCAACUGGAGAAUGGCCUAAUUACUAUCACUGAUUCUAAUUGGGUUCAAUGUUGGAAUGGAGAGCUCCAAGGAAACAAGCUUUUUUUCCAUGAAUCUUCGCGUUUCAAACUGGAGGGCGAGGACCCAGUUGUUCGUGUCCAAAUGUCUACCAAUAAAAAGCUAGCUAUUGCUCAACGAAAACGGUUACAAGUUUUUGACAGUGUCCAUCAUAUUGUUGACAUGGACAACGAGGUCGAAAGCGAAGAAGAAAUCCAUGACCUAGAUUGGACGACGACCUCUACGGAAGACAAUCUCUUGGGGGUUGGAUUUUCACAAAAAGUUGUUAUAUACUGCCAGCAACGCUACGAUUAUUCCAAAGAGCUCGAUGCGUGGAUGCCCAUUCGCGUCAUCGACAUUAGUGCAUACACGACGCACAACAUUGGAGACUCUAUUUGGUUGAAGGAUGGGACGUUUGUUAUUGGUGCCGGAAACCAACUAUUCAUUCAAGACUGUCAUGUGGAUAUGAAAGACCAAACAAUGCGGCAGGUUUUGCAAGUCCGCAACACCAUCAGUGCGGUUGAAUCGGCCUCGACAAUCUACGAUAUAUCCGCAGUACUGAAUGGUCCGCUUGCUUUGUAUCAUCCCCAGCUUCUCAUUCAAACGAUUUACGUGGAUCGACUGGAUAUUGUGUCUGCUGUUUUAGUGAAACUGUUACACCAGCUGAAGUUCGGUGAAGUUGAAAGCCUGCUUGGCUUUGACAUGAUGGAUCUAUUACACAAGGACCCAUCAGUAGUCGAGAAAUUCACAAGUGACGUUGCUGGAGAGCUUGAGGAAAUGCUGGCGAAGGUCUCUCUGCCCUAUUUGACUCGUCACCAGCAAAUCACAUUGUUGGGUGUGAUUCAAAGCGUCGACAUGAUUCUCAACAAGUUGGACGGCAUUGAUGUGUUUGGAAUAAAGUUUUUGCUCGGACACCAAAUGUUUUUGACCCACAAAAGCAGCCAAGCCGCCAUGACCAUGCGGGACUUUGUCUGGGCCUGGCUAAGCGAGUCCAAGGCUGUGCUGUUGAACGAGGUUCUGAAACUGGAGACCUUGAGUUGGGAGCUUUUACGAAAAGCAGGUGUGCCCUACUGGGUAGACCAUAGUAUGUUGGUUGAGAUAACCGAAAAUCUUGCUCGCCAGAUAUACUCCACUACGCGCGAUCCUGUUUUGACCAGUCUCUACUACCUUGCCUUGCGAAAAAAGACGGUUUUGCAGGGGCUAUGGCGGGUUGCCGUAGGACACCCUGAGCAGCAAAAGACUGUCAAGCUGUUGAACCACGACUACACCGAGCCAGCACGAAAGACCACAGCGUUGAAAAAUGCCUACGCGCUGCUGUCGAAACGCAGGUACGAGUAUGCAGCCGCGUUAUUCCUCCUGGGCGAUUCGGUCGAGAAUGCCUGCGGUGUAAUAGUACGUCACAUGAAGGACCCUGCGCUGGCGGUUUUGGUUGCCAGGGUUUACAGCGGCGAUAAUGGUGAUGGCAUGGUGAGCUUGGUUGAGAAACACCUUCUGUCAGGAUCUGAAGAGACAAACGACCGAUGGACCGCUGCCUGGGCCUAUCACAUAAUUGGCCAGAAAGUAGAGGCUGUCAAAAGCUCGAUGUUUGUUGAUCUUGUUGCCGAGCCCACCAAGGUCGUUCGCCAAAUGGAAGACCCGGUCCUGACGGUUCUUUACCGGAGCAUAUGCGGCAACACCCCGGUUCCUACUCGAUCCGAGCUGGAGUUCUUGAAAAAGGCAGCAUUUAUUUAUACUCGCAUGGGCUGUGAGCUUGUGGCGGCAAACAUGAUGUGCUACUGGACGUUCCAGCGCGCGGCCAGCCCCGAGCCCACCCCGGGCGCUGAGACACAAGCAAUUGCCCCGCCAGAGCCCGAACCAGAGGCAAAACAGCCUCCACCGCAAGCAAUGGCGGCCGAGCCCGACAUGAGUGCGUUUGAUUUUGGGUUCUAA